AGGCGGAAGCUUCUCCUUCCCUUCUCAGUCUCCUACUCGGAAGUAGACGUUAGUGUCUAUAUUCCGUUCAUUUUAUUUUUUAAAUCAGUUUGGAAGGAUCCCCUUUAGUUUCUAAUCCCCCCCCACCAAAUUUCAGGGCGAACAUGGAGGCAAAGCUGGACGCUUAGAAAAGAUGACGGAAUCCGAUCUGCUCCUUUAUUUUACCUCCGUUUAAUGGACCGGAUGAUCUGCGUUUCCCACAGCCUUGCAGGGGAGGUAGCUGUAUCCAGUGGGGAGGUAGGCUUUUCCAGGGUUCGUGAUGAAGUUUGCCGAGCCCUUGGAGAGCCGGAAGCUGUCGUCUUUUCUGGAGAAGGCAGUUUCUAGGGAAGCCAAAUUGUGGAAGGUUUACGUGCCAAAGAAACUGACCAACCUGGAUACAGAUAUUUCCCCUGAAAAGCGUGAUGAGGCUGUCCGGUGGUUGAGGGAUGUGCAUUCCCAGCUCAAACUCUAUCCAGAGACCCUCUGCCUGGCAAUCAACAUCCUGGACCGCUUUCUGUUCACCAUCAAGGCCCAUCCAAAGUACCUGCGCUGCAUCGCCAUCUCUUGUUUCUUCCUGGCUGUUAAGACCAGUGAGGAAGAUGAGCGGAUCCCGUCUCUGAGAGAGCUGGCCUCCAGCAGCAGAUGUGGCUGUUCUCCAUCAGAGAUCUUGCGGAUGGAGAGGAUUGUUCUGGAUAAGCUGAACUGGGACCUGCACUCCACCUCUGCACUGGAUUUUCUUUACAUUUUCCAUGCAAUGGUUCUGAGCUGUAAGUCUGGCCUGAACCCAUCACAGCAUGUGGCUCUGCUCACCCAGCAGCUUUUCCACUGUCUGGCCCAAACUGCAAUGCUGCAGGUGCGCGGUUCAGUGCUCUCCCUCACCCUCAUCACACUGGAACUGGAGAAACUCUGUACUGAUUGGCUCGCUCUCACUGUCGACUUGCUGCACAAAGCACAGAUGGACAGUUCUCAGCUGAUUGGCUGUCGAGAGCUAGUUGCAUGUUGCCUGUCCACACACAUGGCUUCCCUGCCUCCUAACACUGUGUAUAUCUGUCAUUCCCUGCUGCCUCACGACGGGGGAACCCUGCCCGGCUGGCAAGACUCCUUCGUUCCGACCGCAUCGGGCUGUGACCCUCACCGACCCUCUAACCCCAACACAGCCCACACCCACUCUUGCCCCAAGCUGCGGCUUCACUGCAAGUCCUCGGCCAAGCGGAAGGUAGAACACAUGGAGGUGGACGAGUAUUUCGAUGGGAUCAAGCGUCUGUACAAUGAGGAGAGUCCCCAGGAGGGGGCGCUCCAAGGCAGUGGUGAAACAGUUGGAGGGGGGCCGGGUUUGAGCUGCGGACUGCCUGUGGUACGGCAGAAUGCUGGCUCCUCACCCUGCCCACCUCUCCAACCUGUCAGGGAAACCUAGAGCAAGAAAACGCCUAAACAAUCACAACCUCAGCAAACAUGUUCAUCUGUCAACCUCAGAGCAAGAGAGAGCCAAAAAUACUAACAUAAAUACAUUGUGCAUGAUGCUAUUUCAUAACCAUUCACUGAGCAUAAGCAUAAAAGUCAAUAUAUAAAAUGAAAUUUUUUUUUGCAAAAAAAGCAGGAAUACUUUUCUCCCUAUCUGUGGAAAAUUUUUGACUGUUAUUAUUGUUGUUUGUCUCUCUAAGUGUAUUCACCAACCAUUUUCCUCUCCUCUCCUUAAUCUUUAACUUUUCAUCGGUAUCUCCUUUUUUCAGUUUUCUUGUCAACAUGUUUGAGUGCUGAAUUCAUGACUGAAAUGUGCAAUUUUGAUGAAUAUAUUGUCUUUUAAGGCUAUGGUUAAAGAGUGGCAUUUAUAAAGAUGUAUAUUAGUUUUGUACAAAUGUACACUCUCAUUCUCUUGGUUGAUGGCUUUGUUUAAAUGCUUGUGAUUCGAUUGUGUGUGUGAGUGUUUGAAGGGUGAUAAUUUCCCUAUCACUACCUUAUACUGAGCAUUAAGGAUGAAUUAGUGUUACCAUGGCACUAGAUCACACUUGGCCUGACAUGGCUAGAUGAACUGUUUGUCGCUUGUUUUAAACAUAGUAAUGAUGUAACUGUUAUACUGAGUAGAAUAAAAAUACAAGAAUAACAUUGUGAACUUACAAAAAAAAAACAAAAAAACAACAACUUUAGAUCUUCACCAUUCCUUUGCUGAUCAUAACCUUUAUGUGCUGUUUCCUGCUGAAAGCUCUCUCUUGUUCUGAGGUGCUGAUAACAGUCUGUGCUGCUGAAGAGAAAUCUCCCAAUGCUCAAAUAAAUGAAAACAUACUCUGAA